AUGUGGCAGCACAGCCAAAAGACAAAUCUGUUGUCUGCCGUCACAUACAAAGCACUCAUGUGUUUUAAGAGCAGUCACUAUGAGCUCUGUGCUGACACCUGUUCAUCCACCUGUGCCAGCCUAACACAAUCACAGAGAUGCCCACCAUGUCAUGAAGGAUGUCAAUGUGAUGAUGGCUUUUUGUUUGAUGGAGGUGAAUGCAAGAUGUUGGAAGACUGUGGAUGUCAUGUAGAUGGAAGAAAUUACAAGUCUGGCGAGACAGUGGUUCAAGAAGACUGUGAAGAAAAAUGCCUCUGCAAAGCUGGAGAGUUCUCCUGUGUACCAUUGGAAUGCGAUGAAGAUGAGUUCUGUAGCACAAAAGAUGGUGCUGUUGGAUGUUACAGCAAAGAUCGAGAUGCCCCAGACAAAUGCACUUUGCCAUGUGUGGAAGGCUGCCAGUGUAAUGAAGGUUAUGUCCAGAGUGGAGAUGAAUGUAUUUCUGUGAAAAAGUGUGGCUGCACUUACAAAGGCCGUACCUGUCAGGGUGCAGGGGAUCCGCACUAUCGUACAUUUGAUGGUAAAACCUUUGACUUCCAAGGCACCUGCACUUAUUAUUUGUCCAAACUACUCAAUAUAUCUGACCCAUCACUGGUACCCUUUGAGGUACUUGUCAAGAAUGAAAACAGAGGAAGGAACAUGGCAGUUGCUUACACCAAAACUGUAUCGAUAACAGUCUAUGGAUACACAGUUGUCUUAAGUAAGGACAGCCCAGGCAAAGUGCAGGUCAACAAUCUAUAUGUAAAUUUGCCAUUUGAACAAGAGGAUGGUCGGCUCUCCAUAUUCCGCAGUGGAUACUUUGGUGUCAUAAAAACCGACUUUGGUCUGACAUUGAAAUUCAACUGGGAAAGCCAUGUAACACUGACUCUCCCCAGCACUUACUACAAUGAAGUGGGAGGACUUUGUGGAAACUGGAACGAAAACAUCAAUGAUGAUUUGCUAACUCCUGACAAAACUCUUGCUGCAAACCCAACAAUUUUUGGAACCAGUUGGAAAAUCAAGGAUGACCCUGGAUGCUCAGAUGAAUGUCAGGGCAAAAUGUGUUCCAAAUGUGAUGCCAGUGAGAGAAACAGCAUCACUUUUACAAUGCCCUGCAGCAGGAUCACAGACAAAAAGGGCCCAUUUAAAGGCUGCCAUGAGAAAGUGAAUCCCAGUCAGUUUUAUGAGGAUUGCGUGUUCGAUAUGUGUAUGUAUGGUGGCCAUUUAUCAGCCCUCUGCAAUGCUCUCUCUGCCUACACGGCUGCUUGCCAAGAUGCACUUGCCAAUGUGGAAUCCUGGAGAACUGGCAAUUUUUGCCCUACAUCUUGCAAGGCAAACAGCCACUAUGAGGUUUGUGCAACAGGAUGUUCCCAGACCUGCAGUGGCCUCACUGAGCCUAAGGGCUGUAAAGGGACCCCCUGUGUUGAAGGCUGUACAUGUGACAAGGGAUUUGUCUUGAGCGACGGUGAAUGUGUGACUGUGAAGCAGUGCGGAUGUACUUACAGUGGCCAGUACUACCAACUGGGCCAGGAAUUCUUCCCAGAAGGCAUGUGCAAGCAGAGGUGUGUCUGCAAAGAGAACGGAAGAGUUCAGUGUGACGAUGGAUUCAAGUGUGGACCAAAUGAGAAGUGCCAAGUCCAGAAUGGAGUUCAAGGCUGUUUUCCUGAGGGUAAAGCAGUUUGCUCAGUGUCAGGCUAUGGGCUUUAUCAGUCAUUUGAUGGAAAAUCCUUCAGUGUUGAAGGGGACUGUGAGUAUAGAAUGGCAGAGACGGCUCAGAAAAAGAAUGAGGAGAUUACCUCUUUUAGGGUCUUAGUGAAACAGCUGUCAUCAUCAGAAGAGAAAGUCAUCACUCGAAGAGUUGACAUACAAAUAGACCAAUACAAGAUCUCUUUGCUGCCCGGCUACAUCUGGGAAAUACAGGUAGAUAACGUUAAAACAAAUCUCCCAAUGACUGUGGAUGACGGACUGGUGCAAGUCUAUCAAAGUGGUGUUAAUAUUGUAGUGGAAACAGACUUUGGAUUGAAACUGACAUAUGAUACGGUCUCAAUGGCCACAAUUGAAAUCCCAUCCACUUUUAAAAGUGCAGUCACAGGUCUCUGUGGUAACUACAAUGGAAACAAUGCAGAUGAUUUUCUUCUGCCAGAUGGUAUUCAGACAUCAUCCGUGAAAUACUUUGCUGAAGGAUGGAUUUCAUCAUCAGACAGAAUGAUGUGCCAAACGGGUUGUGGCUCCAAGUGUUCAAAUCCUGACAAAGACAGACAGACAAAGGCAGAGACUGAUUGCAGUAUUAUAACAUCAGAGGGGGGACCAUUUUCUAAUUGUUUCAAUAAAGUCCCACCCCUGAAAUUCUUUGAUGAAUGUGUCAAAGAUGUGGCAGCACAGCCAAAAGACAAGACAGUUGUCUGUCAUCACAUACAAAGGUAUGUGGCCAUCUGUCAGGAGACUGGGACAUCAAUCAACAGCUGGAGAAAUAACACAUUCUGCCCACUCGUGUGUUCUGAGAACAGUCACUAUGAGCUCUGUGCUGACACCUGUUCCUCCACCUGUGCCAGCCUGACACAAUCACAGAGAUGCCCACCAUGUCAUGAAGGAUGUCAAUGUGAUGAUGGCUUUCUGUUUGAUGGAGGUACAUGUGAGACUCUGGAAGACUGUGGUUGUCAUGUAGAUGGAAGUUAUUACAAGUCUGGUGAGACUCUGGUUAAGGAAGAAUGUAAGGAGAAAUGCAUUUGCAAAGCUGGAGAGUUCUCAUGUGAACCCUUGCGAUGUGAUGUAGAUCAGUAUUGUGGCAAAAAAGAUGGAGUCAUCGGUUGCUACAACAAAGACCUUUGCAGUAACCAUAAGUGCCGUGAGAAAGAGUACUGCACUGUGAAGAACAAUGAGGCGGUGUGUGUUGCAAAGUCAAAGGCAUCUUGUAUGGCCAUGGGAGAUCCUCAUUAUAAAACCUUCGACGGCAACCACUUUUCCUUCCAGGGUACUUGCUCCUAUACUUUACUUAAAACGUCAGGCAAGGACUCAACACUAACACCUUUCAACAUCGUCAACAAGAACGAGAUGCUCAAUGACUCCUUUGGUUCUUACAUCAAGUCAGCCAGCGUUAAAGUCAGAGGUCAUGACAUCACUUUCAUCCAAGGCAACCGCAAUCGUGUGAUAAUUGAUGGCACAGUUUCAAACCUUCCUGUGAAUCUGAAUUCUGAGGGAAUCAGUAUAACGUUGUCAGGGACUAAUGGGAUCCUACAGACAGACUUUGGCUUGGAGGUCAUGUUUAACUGGGCAGAUAUGCUCAUGGUAAUAUUGUCCAGCAGCUACUAUAAUAACAUAGAGGGAAUGUGUGGGACCUACAGUGAUGACUUGGAGGAUGACUACGUCACACCUAGUGGUAACAAUAUGUCAGACAUCACAGAGUGGGCGAAGUCUUGGAGCGUGCCUGAGAGCAACAGUAACUGCUGGCACUUUCCUCCUUGCUCAGAAGAGAAGAAGUCACUAUAUCGUGGACAAAGCUACUGUGGCUUGAUAGAGGAUGAAAAGGGCCCUUUUGCCCAGUGCCAUCACAUUAUAUCAAAGCGAAGAUUUGCUUCUGAUUGCCUUUUCCAAAUGUGUUUACGUGAUGGAAGCCAAAAGACCUACUGCAAUGCCCUCAGUAAUUACAUGUCAUCCUGUGCGCUGGCAAAGGCUGACGUGUCUACUGGAUGGAAGGAGCUUGCUAACUGCUGACUUGGAAAAUAAUUUUCACCAAGCUGCUUGGACACCAAAUAGUGAUAAAUAUCAAAAGGACUCAAUAAAUAAACAAUUUCUAUAGUGCAAUUUAGAGUUAACAACACAUAACAAUGUCUGUUUUUGUCAUUGCUUUACAAGGUGUGUACCAAUAAUAUAAUGUAAUAAGAUUGUUUAAGUUACGAUUUCUUUUACAAAAUUAAAGUUUCAGCAUAUGUAUUCAUGUAACUUAUCAACUUUUACUCAAAUCAGUCUAUAAUCAAACUUGGGUUAAAUUGUUCUAUUUUAAAAAUGAUCUACUCUUUUAUGCUUCAGAAUUAAAUUCUUGCAACAU